AUGACAAAACUAAGCGGAAUAAAAGGUCCAACAAGAAGAAAAAUCCAAACGUGUAAUAUAAUCUCGAAACGAUGUCGUUUGGCUUGUGAAGGAGACAUGGAGUCGCCGGAGUUGCCGGAGUGUCCGGUGUGUUUGCAGAACUACGACAGCGAGUCCACAAUUCCGCGCGUACUCGCGUGCGGCCACUCGGCGUGCGAGGCCUGUUUGGUCAGGCUGCCCGAGCGGUACCCCGAGACGAUUCGCUGCCCGGCGUGCACCCAGCUCGUCAAGUACCCUCCGCAGGGACCCACAGCUCUGCCCAAGAACAUCGACCUCCUCUCUUUCUCCCUCUCACUAAACCCUAACCCUAAUUCCGGUAUUUCCCAAACACCCCAUAAACAAUCGGCCGAUGGAUUUGGUAGUUUCUUGCCGUGCAUUUGGUCCGACGAGUUUUACGUCACGUGGAAGGACUGGGUGCUUCCAAGCGACGCCGUUUCGGUGGAAACCGAGGUUGAUGAUGGAACGAGAGAUGAGCUUUGUACUGUGUUGAAAGGAAGAACUGGUUCUGGUUUCGGGUCGGGUCGGGUUUGGUUUAGAGAGGACGAGAGUGUCAGCCUUUUUCGGGUCGGUUCGUUACCGGGUUCGGAUAGUUCUGGGUUUGAAUUCAGUUACACUGCAAGGGUUUUGAAGUGUUUGAGUGGAAUGAGAGAGGAAGAGAGGAACGAAAUGGGAUUGCUGCUGAGAGUUUCUGUGAGGCAUUGUAGGAGAGUGUGUAAAGUUUAUGGCUUUUGGGGAAAUUUGGAAGAUGGGUUUCUGUAUUUGGGGUGUGAGAGGCGAAAUCGGAGUUUUUUGGGGAAGUUGGGAGCUGGGGAGGAUGGUUUUACUAAAGAUGGGUUGCCUGCAUUUGCAAUGAUUGCUAUGGAGGUGUGUGAGGUGGUGUCUGGUUUGAAUUCAGAGGGGUUUGUUGCUGGAUGUUUUGGUUUUUCGUGCUUUAGUUUCGAUGAUUUUGGUCACGUUGAGGUGGAUUUGAAUCAGGUGUUAGUGACAGGAAGGAAGGUAUGGAGAAGUGUUGUAGAUUCUGUUUCUGGUGGAAUAGGAACUGAAUCAACUGAUGCUGAAGUAUUGAAAGUGGCAUUUUGGAAUUUGUUUAAAGAUGGUGAUUUUGUUAGCCCGGAGGUGUUGAUUGAGCUGUUGCAGAAACAGGGCGUUGCAGUAGAAUGUGAUAGCUCGAGAUAUCCGGUUGGAUGUGGCUCAGAUGUUUGGUCAUUAGCCUGUGUGUUUCUAAGACUGCUACUUGGAAAAGAGUUUGAUGAAGAGCUUGUGAAGAAUUGUGGAAUCUCUUUUUUUGACCAUGUAACUUAUGUAAGCUGGAUUGAAAGAGUCCGUGCUUUGAUCGAAGGGAGAUUGGGUCAGGAAUAUGCAUCCCUAAGGGAAAACCUCUGCCAAUGUUUGAAUUAUGAUCCAGCAAGUCGCCCACUUGUGAUGGAUCUGAUGAAAUGCAUCAGGGAACUGAUUAUUAAGCCGCAAUGUGAUAUCAUGGCCAGUUUGGAGGGGGUGAUUAAGGAAGAUAGUGGAAGCUUUUGCUUGAUUCUGGGGCAACUCUGUGGGACACGCAAGGAAAUAUUAGAAACACCAAAAGAAAAUGGACUGCAAGGAAAUGAAAUCUGUGGAGGAUCAGAUUUUGAUCAAGUUGGGGAUGAGAGGGCUGACAGUGAUUUUUUUGAUGGCCUAUCAGGGGGAAAGGUCAAGUUUAAAGUUCUGCAGGGUCAUCGUGAUGCUAUUACAGGGUUAGCUGUUGGAGGGGACUUUCUAUUUAGCUCCUCGUUCGAUAAAACUAUCCAUGUAUGGUCGUUGCAGGACUUCUCUCAUGUACAUACAUUUAAGGGCCAUGAACAUACCAUCAAGGCUCUAAUUUAUGUAGAUGAAGAGCAACCCUUGUGCAUUAGUGGUGACAGUGGAGGUGGUAUAUUUGUCUGGGGCACAUGUACCCCUCUCCGGCAAGAGCCUUUAAAGACAUUCCACGAGGAUAAAGAUUGGCGCUUUAGUGGCAUUCAUGCCUUGGCCUGCCGAAAUGGAUAUGUCUAUACUGGCAGCGGAGAUAGAACAGUAAAGGCAUGGUCAAUGCGGGAUGGCACCUUGUCAUGCACUAUGUCUGGUCAUAGAUCAGUAGUUUCAACGCUUGCAGUUUGUGAUGGUGUUCUUUAUAGCGGUAGUUGGGAUGGAACCAUCAGAUUAUGGAGUCUUAGCGAUCACAGUCCUUUGACAGUACUAGGCGAAGACACAUCAGGAAACGUGGCCUCUGUCUUAUCUCUUGCUGUUGACAGGCACAUGCUUAUUGCAACUCAUGACAAUGGAUGUGUAAAGGUCUGGAGGAAUGAUGUGUUCAUGAAAUCCAUUAAAAUGCACAACGGUGCAGUAUUUGCUUCUGGCAUGGAGGGAAAAUGGCUUUUCACGGGAGGGUUGGAUAAAACUGUCAAUGUACAGGAAUUGUCUGGCGACGAGUUCCAAAUAGACUCGAGACUUAUUGGAUCCAUCCCCUGUGAUUCUGUCAUAACAACUUUGUUAGGUUGGCAAGGAAAGCUUUUUGUUGGAUGUGCUAAUAGGAAUAUCGUGGAAAACUUGGGUCUUAUAAGGGAAACUUGGAGUGAUGUCACUAGUUUGAACAACUGGGUUGUUCGGGACUAUUACCGCCUUGUGAAGUCUGUAAAUGCGCUCGAGCCUCAAGUACAGAGUCUCUCUGAUGACCAGCUUACUGCUAAAACUGCGGAGUUCCGGCAAAGGCUGGGAAAGGGGGAGACACUUGCUGAUAUCCAAGCUGAGGCUUUUGCUGUUGUUCGUGAAGCUGCAAAUAGGAAGCUUGGUAUGCGUCAUUUUGAUGUGCAGAUUAUUGGUGGGGCGGUGCUUCAUGAUGGGUCCAUUGCAGAAAUGAAAACAGGAGAGGGAAAAACGUUGGUUUCCACCUUGGCGGCAUAUCUUAAUGCCCUGACAGGUGAAGGUGUUCAUGUGGUAACCGUAAAUGAUUACCUUGCACAACGAGAUGCUGACUGGAUGGGUCGUGUUCAUCGCUUCUUAGGCCUUACUGUGGGUCUUGUUCAGAGGGGGAUGACAGCUGAAGAAAGGAGAUCCAACUAUAGCUGUGACAUAACAUACACUAAUAACUCAGAACUUGGUUUUGACUAUCUACGAGAUAACCUUGCUGGAAACAGUGGACAGCUUGUUAUGAAAUGGCCAAAGCCAUUUCAUUUUGCAAUAGUUGAUGAAGUUGACUCAGUUCUUAUUGACGAAGGACGAAAUCCAUUGCUAAUUAGUGGGGAGGCUAGUAAAGAUGCUGCACGCUAUCCUGUGGCUGCUAAAGUGGCAGAUUUGCUUGUGCGAGGAAUUCAUUACAAUGUAGAACUUAAAGAUAAUUCAGUUGAGUUGACUGAAGAAGGAAUAGCUCUUGCUGAGAUGGCCCUUGAAACAAAUGACUUGUGGGAUGAAAAUGAUCCUUGGGCUAGAUUUGUGAUGAAUGCGUUGAAGGCUAAAGAGUUCUAUCGUCAAGGUGUGCAAUACAUUGUCAGAAAUGGGAAGGCUCUCAUAAUAAAUGAGCUGACUGGCAGAGUUGAGGAGAAGAGAAGGUGGUCUGAGGGGAUUCAUCAGGCUGUGGAAGCUAAAGAAGGCUUGAAGAUUCAGGCUGAUUCGGUUGUUGUGGCACAAAUCACUUAUCAAUCUUUAUUCAAGCUCUACCCAAAACUGUCAGGAAUGACUGGAACUGCAAAAACGGAAGAGAAAGAGUUCUUGAAGAUGUUUCAAGUGCCAGUCAUUGAAGUGCCAACAAAUCUUCCAAACAUUCGUAAUGAUUUACCAAUUCAAGCUUUUGCGACUGCUCAAGGAAAGUGGGAAUAUGUUCGUCAAGAAGUGGAGUACAUGUUCAGACAGGGGCGUCCUGUUUUGGUUGGAACUACCAGUGUUGAGAAUUCUGAGUACUUGUCUGAUCUGCUGAGGGAACAGAAUAUCCCCCACAAUAUUCUAAAUGCACGGCCUAAGUAUGCUGCAAGGGAGGCUGAAAUUGUUGCCCAAGCAGGAAGAAAAUAUGCCAUUACCAUUUCUACCAAUAUGGCUGGCAGAGGCACUGACAUAAUUCUGGGAGGAAAUCCAAAAAUGCUUGCAAAAGAGAUCAUAGAAGACAGUUUAAUUUCGUUCCUGACACGAGAAGCUCCAAAUGUUGAUGUUGAUGGAGAGGCAAUUUCACAAAAGGUAUUGUCCAAGAUAAAGGUCGGUCCAUCAUCAUUAGCUUUUCUCGCUAAGACAGCACUAAUGGCCAAGUAUGUUUGCAAAAAUGAAGGCAAGAGCUGGACAUAUAAGGAGGCAAAAUCUAUGAUAUCAGAGUCAGUGGAAAUGAGUCAGUCAAAAGAUUUGAAAGAUUUAGAGACGCUUGUUGAUGAACAGUCGGAGAUGUACCCUCUUGGCCCUACAAUUGCACUUGCUUAUCUGUCUGUUCUGAAGGAUUGUGAGGUACACUGUUUUAAAGAAGGGUCUGAAGUAAAAAAUCUUGGGGGUCUUCAUGUGAUAGGAACAUCUUUGCAUGAGUCUCGCAGAAUAGAUAACCAGCUUCGUGGAAGAGCUGGAAGGCAAGGUGAUCCUGGAUCCACACGAUUUAUGGUGAGCUUGCAGGAUGAGAUGUUUCAAAAGUUUAAUUUUGACACUAAGUGGGCUGUGAGACUUAUUUCCAAAAUUACAAAUGAUGAGGAUAUGCCAAUUGAAGGUGGUGCAAUUGUUAAACAGCUACUGGCCCUGCAAGUUAAUGCAGAGAAGUACUUCUUUGGCAUAAGGAAGAGCCUUGUUGAGUUUGAUGAAGUAUUAGAGGUUCAGAGAAAGCAUGUCUAUGAACUUAGACAGUCCAUUUUAACGGGUGAUGAUGAAAGUUGUUCCCAGAACAUUUACCAGUACAUGCAGGCAGUGGUAGAUGAAAUUGUCUUUGGAAACGUUGAUGCACUGAAGCAUCCAAGAAAUUGGAAUUUGGGGAAGCUUUUGAAGGAGUUUAUGACAAUUUCUGGGAAACUACUGGAUGAUUCAUUUACAGGCAUUACAGAGGAAGUUUUACUAAAGUCUCUAGCAGACUCACAUGAACUAAACUCUAGAGAUAUUCAUGACAUUCACCUUCCAAACUUGCCAAGACCUCCAAAUGCCCUGAGAGGAAUCCGCAAGAAGAGCUCUUCAUUGAAACGCUGGCUUGCUAUAUGCUCUGAUGAUAUGACUAAGAAUGGACGGUACCAUGCUACUACUAGCCUCCUCCGCAAAUACCUUGGAGAUCUUUUAAUUGCUUCAUAUUUGGAUGUUAUUCAAGAAUCUGGUUAUGAUGAUGGAUAUGUUAAGGAAGUGGAAAGAGCAGUUCUUGUGAAAACCCUUGAUUGUUUCUGGAGGGAUCAUCUUGUAAACAUGAACAGGCUCAGCUCAGCGGUAAACGUAAGGAGUUUCGGGCACAGGAAUCCUCUUGAAGAAUACAAAAUUGAUGGUUGUCGAUUUUUCAUAUCUAUGCUUAGUGCAACACGAAGGUUGACUGUAGAAUCACUUGUGCAAUAUUGGUCAUCCCCAAUGGAGUCCCAAGAAUUUUUUGUAUCAUAAAUCUGGGUUUAUUGACACAUCAAUUGUAAAUUCGUCACAGCUAUCGGCCCUAAAGGAUUUCAUGCUUCGGAUGUAUGGUCUUGUAGAAUGGUCGCUGCAAAAGAACGUGGACUGCAUCUUAAUGGUGCUCGUAUGUCAACUGAUCUAAAUUCUUGGCAGGUCAAAGGAUUUAUAUAAAGGGUUAUAAACCUUAAACUUUUCAAUAGAUUGGUCGAUUGUUAUAUUUUGUUUGGUAUCGAAUACACACGGAAUGUGGUUUUAUAUCAGUUUUAAUAUAAACAAGGGUAAUUACACUUUCAUACCUCAUGUUUGGGGUAUAUUUCAAUUC